GAGUCACCCUGCGCGGCCGUACGACGCUGGGGUGACGCCAACCAUGCCGCUGUGUGACCCGGCUGAUACCGGUGCCGGAUCCAUCUAUACUACUUCACAAUGCGAAUUGCUUCGCUCGAGGAAGUAGAUGCGAAUACUAGUAGCCAGGUCUCCAUCACUGCGUGUUGGUGGAGCCGGAGUGACCCUUAGCUGUGGAUCGGCGGCGGGCCCGGCGGCCACUGCAGCCUUAAUUAGUGGACACCUCCGUAGACACCCUCAACAAUGUCGGACCGUCGAGCCUGAACGCCAGUCGACGGUUCGAGUGAUGGCCAGUGCAGUCAAGACGCGGAUACAUCGGUGGACGCAACUGGAAUCCUUCAAUCAGAUGCCAUGCCCGCAGGAAGGGGAAUUAGCCGCCGUGACUUGGUGGGCUGUGAUGCGAUGCAUGGGCAAUUCCAAAUACUCGGUCUGUCGGGCUGCGGUUGGUCGUUGGGUAUGUCCGUCAUACUGGGGGAGGGGGGGAAUUCGUGCCUGAGGGUGGCAGACGGGUCUGCAAUGGUUGAAUUGAAGAUAGAGCAGUGCUGGAGGAUUUCCCCAGAUAAUGUAACAAAUGGAUGGUGAGUGGGAGAUCAAAGCAUUGAUAAUUGAGUUUGGUGGAGGGGAAGAAGGAAAGAAGGAAAGGAACAAAUGGUCCGAGCGGGCGGUGAAGACAUGUCCGGGUUGGCUGGCA